CCGCCCCAGUCAGCCAAUUGAAGCACCCGGCUUUCAACAUUUUGGCGAGGCAGAGGUGCAGAGCCCCGAUCGAGCAACACGACGGUUUUUAUCGCUUUUCGCCUGCUGUCCUCUCGUGCCGUCUCCGCCUUCAAUCAGAGCGGAGCGGGGCAUCGAUCGCUCCACCACCCACCAAGAGGGGAGCGGAGCGCAGCGGCGAAGCGAUGGGGCGGCCGAGGCCCAAGAGAGGGGAGCGGCGGAUCGACGCCGCCAUUGACCACCUCGCCGAAUACGGCUUCCCCAAGCCCCGAAUCCGCAAGAUCAUCAACAACCUCCUGCAGCUGUAUGGGAGGGAUGGCUGGGUCUUCCUGGAGGAGGGAUCAUACAAAAUUGUGCUUGACACACUCCUGGAAGAACAGGAGCAGCUGGAGAAACAACAAGCAGCAGCAGCGGAUGAGGCAUCACUACAAAAAGAUAUGGAAGUGUCACCAGCAGUGCAUAGUGAGGCACUGACUGAAUCUCAGUCAGCCGUUGAACCACAAGCUUUUCCCAACAGUUCACCUCCCCGGGAACAUGUACUGCCUCCAGCUAAAGGAGCUGCUCGUGCAAGGCCUCCCUGCCGUGGAUGGAUUAGCGAAGAGUCUGAUACGGAGAGUGAACUAGAGGAUGGAGAAAUGAUCUCCCAUGCACAAAGGCCAUUUUUCUCAAAAAAGGAUAUACCAAAUCCUGCGGAAAGCUUGCCUUAUUCUAAGAGGAAGCGACCAACUAGAUGGGAUGUGCGCCCUAAUAACUAGGUUUAGGGCUGAGAUCAAAGUUGCAAGAUGGUGGCCUUCAAGGAUGGAGAAGUCAUAACGCAGGGAGCAAGAUGUUGGUCCAUGAAUUGUCUUUCACCUGUAUCUUAUACAUGUAGAACAUAUCUAGCAGAGAGUAGCGGACGGUAUGAGACAAUGUAGCUGCUUUGUGGUUGCAGAUUGUCUGCAGAAUGCAGACUGCUUAGGUCUGACAAUGCUUGUGCGGUUGAGACCUGGAGUAUGUACUAUCUACUAUGUAGAACUAGAAACGUUGAUCCAUCCUUAUUAUGUUGUGUUGUGUCAUAUAUGACUUACCUGGUAGCAUUUGCUUUUAGAAUC